AAAGGCCGAACGCUCACUCAUUCGUUCCGCGGCCGCUUCUUCAGCGCAGGCACGGCGAUCUGUCCCACGGCGGCGAUGGCGCUCUCCUCCUCCAGGCCACAUCACCUCCUCCGCCGCUUCCACGCUUCCGCGCGGGCUCUGUCGCGGGCGGAACCUCACGAGUUCUCGCAGCCCAGCGACUACCUCGGGAGCUGGGCGGAGCGCGCCCCCGCCACGGUCGCCGCGGGUGGCGGCGACACACGGGAGGCUUGGGCACGGCUCGAGCGGCUGCGCAAGGGGUACGCGCGCGAGGUGGGGGAGCUGCGGCGUCAGUACGCCUACGAGGCGCAACUGCUGGAGGUCGAGCGGCAGCGCAAGGCGGAGGCACGUGCCGAGGCCGCCCGCGUCGCCAACGAGGAGCGCAAGGCCGCCAAGGCUGCCGCCGCGCAGACCAGGGCCGCCGAGCGCCGCGCCUUCGAGCUCGAUUUCCGCCAGGCCCUCAUGAAAGAAAGAGCUCAGAAGCUGGAGAGCUGGAGGAACAAGGAGAAGCUGAAAGCACAGAAGAAGGCGGAGCACAGGGAGCUCUUGCGCAGGCAGAGUUCUGUCUGGGUUUCUGAGGAUAAAAUGGAAAAGAAAAUUCUUGAGGCUAUCAUGCAUACCACCCCUCUCUGAGGUUCAUGCUGUGAGGUUCUUCCACAUACUGAUGGGCAUCGUCGGUGCAGGUCUGCAGGAAACUAGAUGGUGUAUCCUGGACAGUAGAAAUGAAGCUUGUUUGCCAUUCCCUCUUACGAACUACUAUAUCGCAGUUGUCUAAGGAAUAACGUCUAUUCUGCUACCCUUGAGGAUUUUUUGUUUCUGAACCUGUGUUGUAAUGUUCAGUUGUUAGACUGGACGAACAUCGAGCUGGCAUUGUGUUUCGGAAUUUAAUUUUCUUCAUAGAAGCUGCUAUCAACAGUGAUACUAGCUCUGCAAAAAUGGCGGCCAGGAUUUGAAGGAA